AUGGCUUCGCAGGCAGACGCAGUCGAGACCAUUGUCACCAAUGGCGUUGACACCAAUGGCGUUGACACCAAUGGUGUUGACACUAACGGUAUUGACACCCACUCUUCAACCCAGAUGAGCGUUAGUCCCACCCUCGAGGAGCUUCAGACCGACGAGCAGCGCCGUGUUCUCGACACCGUUUCUCAGGUGCGGAAGUGCGGCUUGGAGAGCGUGCUUUCUCUUCCCCAGAUUGUCGUGUGCGGCGACCAGUCAGCGGGAAAGAGUUCUGUGCUGGAGGCCCUCACCGAGAUCCCAUUCCCUCGCAAUGACAACCUUUGCACUCGCUUCGCGACCGAGAUUUGCCUCCGACGCGACCCAGUCGACAGCCUCACCAUCCGUGUCAUCCCAGACAGCGACCGCCCCCAAAAGGAGCAAGAGGAGAUCAAGAAGUACUCCGAGUCGAUUGUUGAUUUCGCAGAACUGCCCAAGAUCAUGGACAACGCGAUGAGAGAGAUGGGGAUUUCUGAGGGAGGCAAUGCGUUCGCUAAGGAUACCUUGAGUAUCGAGAUUUGUGGACCGAGUCGGCCCCAACUCACUCUUGUUGACAUUCCCGGCCUUAUCCAAACAUCUACAAAGGGUGUCUCCGAUACCGACGUGGCUCUUGUUGCAGAAAUCACAGAUCAUUACAUCAAGCAGCCCCGAACGAUUUGCCUCGCUGUCAUCUCGGCAACAAACGAUGCUGCAAACCAGCCCAUCCUGCAGAAAGUCCGGAAGUUCGACCCUCAAGGUGAUCGCACCCUGGGCGUCAUCACGAAGCCUGACCGGCUCAGCGCGGGUUCCGGUUCAGAAACGAAGUUUCUCGAGCUCGCUCGGAACGAAGAUGUCUUCUUUAAGCUUGGAUGGCAUGUCAUCAAGAACCGGAAAUUCGAAGAGACGAAGUUCUCCAUCGAGCAGCGCAACCUUUCUGAGAAGACCUUUUUCAGUACAUCGAGAUUCAAUACACUGUCGAAGGAGAACGUCGGCAUCGACGCGUUGCGAGUGAGGCUCAGUUAUCUCCUUUUCGAACAUGUCAAGAACGAGUUACCUCGCUUGCAAAACGACCUCGAGGCCGCUCUGCAGGACGCUCAAAAUGAGCUCAAGACACUUGGAAACCCUCGAUCGAGUGCGUCGGAAUGCCGAAUCUAUUUGACAAAGCUCAACAUGGAAUGCUACGAGAUUUGUCGUGCUGCCAUAGAUGGAAACUACGAGCACCGCCACUUCGCCCUCGAUUCUGAUGAUUCUGAGGUUUUCGCCAACCCGAAGGUGGCCACCAUUCCUACGCGACGGCUGCGUGCUUCCGUACAGUUGGACAACAGCAGGUUUUCGGAGGCCUUCGAAGCCAAGGGACACAAAUAUGAGUUUGGCUCCCCCGAGACCCGCUUUUCAGUCAAGGAUUCCUCAUCUCCACGGGUUCUGGCCAAGGAAGAGGCGAUGUUUUGGGUGGGAGGCAAGCUCCAGCGGGCACGAGGCACAGAGCUCAUCGGUAAUUUCAACCCCCAGGUGAUCGGAGAGCUGUUUUGGGAGCAGUCAGAGCCGUGGGGGAAGAUGGCUAGAGCUCAUGUCGAGAGGAUCAGCAAGGUUUGUGACGCGUUCCUCGCGGAUCUCCUGGGCUCGAUGACUACGGACGAACUGAAGCGACGUAUCUGGUCAUCGAUGGUUGCACAUGUCCUGAAGACCCGUAAGCAGGCAGCCUUGCAAGAGCUUGAGAGACUCAUCAAGGACAAGGAGGCAUUCCCCAUCAACUACAAUCAUUACUACACAGACAACGUUCACAAGAAGCGCGGAAAGCGUAUUGAGGCUCAACUGAAGAAACACAUUCCCGAAAACGAGUUAGUUCUUCCAAGCAGGUGCAGUGUGGGAAAUCACUACGGCCCACCGCAGACCGACACAAAAGACGAGUUGGAGCGGGCAAUAUCCAGGUGGGGAGACAGUGUCAGCGCCGACAUGGAGGAAUUCAGCUGCGAGGAGUCGCUGGAUUGCCUGGAAGCCAUCUACAAGGUUCAAAUGAAGGUGUUCAUUGCCAAUGUCGCGACCCAGGUCAUUGAGCGCCACCUCUUGGUCGACCUCCAGGAUAUCUUCUCACCCAUGGCCACCGUCGAGAUGACGGAUGCCAAGGUACAGAGUAUUGUUUCCGAGCCGGAGUCUACAAAGCGUCAGAGAGUCUUCCUCACUGAUCGCAUCAACAAGCUGGAGGAGGGACAGGAGAUAUUCCGGAGCGUCAUGGAUCCCUGA